AUGUGCUCGUGGAGACCCUCGUGAUCACCGCUUCCUGCCUAUCUGCAGUUACUGGAAGGAGGCUUAAUCAAUUCAGCACUGCCAAAGGACUUCACACCCAGCCAUCUCUUUGCCGCUCCGAUGUGUAUGUAUGGUGCGAAAGAAGCACAACACACGUACAGCAAAAGCACGAUCGCAAAGCAAGUUUAUGCAAAACAUCUUCAACUACUGUAACUUGAAAAAUCAUCCAACGACAAGCAACUAGAAGCAACUAUAUUCCCAAAUAGGACCAUUGCAAUUCCACCGUUUUACUAAUAGUUUUUUUUGUUUAAAUCAAAUUCAACACCCAUAUAUCACCCGGAGUAAAAACCCACAAAAACCACCAGCGUUCGUGAAAAAAAUGUCACACGGAAAGCGAAGUUCCUCGCACAAAGGGCCAGCCCGGGCCAUUCAGGAGGCCACCUCCGUGGAGAGAAUGCAGGUGCCGGUGUCACCUGUGCGCCUGGAGAUGUCCGAAACCGCCGAGACGAGAGUCGGCGAGGCAUCGUGGGACGACAUGCUGAGCCCGGGCCAGCAUGCCGUCGAGGCGACGCCGCAAGUUGCUCUACAUGGCCUGCCCCAUGACCCCCGCAGAGGCCGCCGCGUGUCCACGUACAGUCAGCUGAUCAUGUGCGGACGAACCUCCACCAUCCAGUCCCGUGUGUAUAACUUCCUGGAGCGGCCCACCGGCUGGAAAUGCUUCCUCUACCACUUCUCCGUGUUUAUGAUGGUGCUCAUCUGCCUUAUAUUCAGCGUGCUGUCCACCAUCGAGCUGUACACAGACUUUGCCAACAGCACCCUCUAUUGGAUGGAAAUAGCACUGGUGGUCUUCUUUGGGGUGGAGUACCUGGUGCGUCUGUGGUCAGCCGGCUGCAGGAGCAAGUACGUGGGUGUGAUGGGACGCGUCCGCUUUGCUCACAAGCCCAUCUCCAUCAUCGAUCUCGUGGUAGUGGUGGCUUCCAUCAUUGUCUUGUGUGUGGGCUCCAACGGGCAGGUAUUUGCAACCUCUGCCAUAAGGGGCAUUCGCUUCCUGCAGAUAUUGCGCAUGUUGCACGUCGACCGACAAGGAGGUACCUGGAGGCUCCUGGGCUCCGUCGUCUUCAUCCACCGGCAGGAGCUGAUAACGACUCUGUACAUUGGCUUCCUGGGUCUCAUAUUCUCAUCGUACUUUGUGUACCUGGCCGAGAAGGAUGAAGCCAGGGAGAAGAAUGAAUUUGCCAGCUAUGCUGACGCACUUUGGUGGGGGGUGGUGACAGUGACGACGAUAGGAUAUGGUGACAAGGUGCCACAGACCUGGAUCGGCAAAACCAUCGCAUCUUGCUUCUCAGUGUUUGCCAUCUCGUUUUUCGCCCUGCCUGCGGGUAUACUUGGCUCGGGAUUUGCCCUAAAAGUGCAACAAAAGCAGAGGCAGAAGCACUUCAACCGGCAAAUCCCAGCGGCAGCGACCCUGAUCCAGAGCCUCUGGAGAUGUCACUUGGCCGAGAGUGACCACCACUCCACAGCCACGUGGAUGAUGUACGUGAAUGCGCAUGCACAGCCGGGCGGCCCUUUCCGAGACAGCACAUGGAUUAGAAAGCAGGAAAAAGAGGACAAGAAGAGGAAAAAGCAGCUGAUCAAGCAGGCGAAGGGCGAUGGGCUCGUGAGCCCGGGGGCACGGCAGGGAUCUAGCACGUCCGAGGGCAACCACGCCAACACUCCUGACAACGGCACCAACUCAGCCACAGGGAAAGAUCGAGGUGUGGAAGCUCCGAGUGGACGCCCCACCCUCAAUAGCACGGCGAGCUUUGACGACGGCGAGGCCUCGGAGGACAUCUCUCUGCCGGCCGUGAUGCACAUCUCACAGUUGACAGAAUCCCACAAGAUUGCCAUAAGGGUUAUUCGAAGAAUGCAGUAUUUUGUAGCAAGGAGUAAAUUUCAGCAAGCCAAGAAGCCCUACGACGUGAGGGACGUGAUAGAGCAGUACUCGCAAGGACAUGUCAAUAUGAUGGUGCGAAUCAAAGAGCUGCAGCGCAGGCUGGAUCACUCACUGGGUAAACCCAACAUGUUUCUGUCAGAGAAGGGGAAAGAUCGAAGCAAAUAUACCAUUGGAGCCAGACUGGACAGAGUGGAAGAGAAGGUCGUACGCAUGGAUCAGAAGCUGGACACCAUCCUGGCGUUGCUGAGAGGGCUGAGCGGCGAGGGAGGCCCACAGCUGCGGCCGGUCCACGUGCAAGUGUCGCCCGAGCCACUGGCACUUGUGCCGUCCCCCUCAAGCGCCCACAUACCAUUCAGCCAACAGCACAGCUGUUAAGAAGCCCCCCCCACCCCACACCCUCAAAGUUCCUUUCCUACCACAGGGACCAACUGGCCACAUUUUUCCUCCUGUUGUGUGAUCCUCUCCUCGUCUUUUUGUUUCCUAAACGAAUUUACACGCUGUGUUGCGGCGCAGCGACGUAGGAGGAGUUCGAGUCGCGGUGCAAGGUCAUGAGAUUAGACAGUGACGAAAACAUCGAUGGUUCCACUCGUGAUUGUCCCCCAUCCUUGUAGUGUUACGUGUGACAAGAGUAGCUCCGAGAGUAUGUUCAUGUGUGUGAAUGUUCUACGAGCGUGACUCUGCAUGGACGAACGUGAGCAAUAUUGUACAGAGCAUUCUGCGUGGAAAAAAAAACACGUUUCGUUAUUUCAUGAAUGAAUGUCACAAGUAGGUAUGCAACUAUGAAUAACGUUGAAAUAUGGUUGUCUUGGUUACGCAGUAAAUUGUACUUUAUAGUCAGUCAUUAAAAUACAAUUUGCAUGAUUAUUACCCUAGGCCAAAAUGUGUGCUUCUGUAUGACCUUGCCCACCUGCCAAACGGAGUCAUUGAUAUAGCGAUUAGCACUGUGCCUUAAAUAUGAUGUAAAAUAAAAUAUCCUGGCAGACGUAAUAAAUAUUGUUUUUUUUUGCCAGAGUACAGUACAUGGCCCCCAAUUUGCAUGCAGAAAUUAUCCCAUGCUGUUGACUAAAUACACUACAGUAUUUUGCAUCCUCACCACUAUUUAUUUGUUAUUGACUGUUACAAGGAAUGCUAACCCUUUUUCUAAAUGUUUCUGGUCAUAAAGACUAAAUGGCGAGAUGAUUAAUUACUUGUUAUGAACAGGUGGCCAGGAUUUGUACAAAUCAAUGCUAAAUUCUUAGAGUGCACUGGCUUAAUUGACUUGUUUUUAAGAGCUUCAUGUAACUCUGAACUGCCUUGUAAAAAUGAGUGCCUUGUAAAUAAUCAGUGAAUUAUGCUUUGGAAUGGGCUUGUAUUUCUUGACGGUUAAUGCGAAGUUCAAUGCAAAACACUAUUUACUAUUCGCGUAAGCCAAGGUACUGAAUGGCAGUGACAAUAAGCCAAGGCGUGGGCAUUUGUUGGAUACAAGGUUUAACAACCAACAUUUAAAUAUGACUAUAAUACUUAUACAACACAUAGACACUAUAUGGUAAUGGUAGUGUUCAUUUAAAGAACAAACUGAAUUAUAUGGAACCUGAUGCAAGAUAUUAUAACUUAUUGUAUUCUCUGGAUUAUAAUGGGGGGGGGAGGGGGGUUGUGCGUCUUAUUAUUUGGUAGGAGUUUGUGUGACGAUUUUUUUACUUCAUUUAGAAUUUUCCACAAAUAUGUUGUGUGUCUUACUUUCCAGAGCAUCUUAUAAGUUGUAGAAUAUGGUUGAUUGCCCAUUGAAUUGUCGAUAUAAAUAUAUAAUUUUUACUCGUAAUUAAUUGUUCAAUGAUAUAACAAAUACAAAAGUUGAUUUUAAAUGUCAGUGGUUUAAAGGGCUUGUUUUAGCUUUUGUUUAAUGUAAUUUACGAUUAAGUGUUAAAAGUGCCUUAUAUGAUCGGGAAAAAACGAAGUUGUUUUGUUACGUCAUGUGCACUUAAGUGUGAUUAUAUGGAUCACAUCAUUUCACAGUUGGAGAAAUAUGCAUUCAAAUAUAUAAAUAUUGUUUCGGAUCAUUGUGUCCACAAUCAGUGUCCUCAACGCAGUAUCAAAGCAACAACAACAACACAAAAUCACCCGAUGUUCUCGUUUAACUCUCAAGAUGUGUUUCCCAGUUGUACGGCAUGUUGUCCGGCAUGUUUGUCCGAUGUGGAGCGACACUGAAUAUUAAUUUCUUGAAAAAGCUGCCAGCACGUGGUGGAGUGAAACGUCAGGGAUCAUGCCAAAUAAUGUGGGGCAACUCGAAAACAACACAUCAUAGAUCUGUGCAGCAGGACUGUGAAAACGUAUGCACCAAUGCUAACGUUAACAAGUGUCCUAAUGUUUUGUGUUUGUAAGUGUAGGGUAGUUUGGAGCAAACGUGUGUAAGUAUAGGGUAGUUUUUGAGAAAAUGUGUUUUUAAUUUAACCAAUAUAGUAUUGCAUGCUGACGUUCUUCAAAAUACAUGACUAAUGGUUUAAACACACACGAGAGUGUAACAGACAGCUACAUUUUUAAAUACAGUACCUUUGCCUCUGAUCCAUCAUCUUGACUGCUGUUAAAUUAUUAAAGUUAUUGAUACGUGUUGCACCAUUGUAA